GCGUCGACGAGGACGUGGGCGUGGCGCGGCGCGGGCCCGCCGCCGCCGGCCGGGGCGCCCGCCACGGGCGCACCGCAGCAGUGGGUGGGCCGCGGCAGCCACCAGCAGCAGCACGGCGAGGGCGCAGCUGGGUGGUCGUGGGGCGGCGGCCAGAAGGAGGGCUGGCAGGCGCAGCAGUGGAGCUGA